AGGGGGCGCCUGGUGUUCUCGGAACCGUUUUCGCGUCUCGUACGGUUUGAGCUCGCAGGUGAAGCAGACGGCACAGAUUGUGCCGGUUUACUAGUAGACAUUCGUUCCGCAAAAGAAAAAAAGAAGGAUAAAUGUAUUCACGAGUUGCCCUGUCUUCCAUCUGCGGCGUAAUUUCGUUAUCAAGGGUUGGGAACUAAGAUACACUCUGGUGGACACUUGUUAUAUCACAAAAAGUAAAACAGGGUUUCCGUCUUAUUUCGUUUUCAGUUACGAAAACUGCUUCGGUUUCUUCUCAUUGCUUUUAAUUUACUUUCAACACAGUGCGGUAUUUUUUUUUAGCAACAGUUCACCAGCGCCUUACGGAAUUUAAGAACGGUUAGCAAUAUUGUAUAGAAAGAAAAGCGCUGAAAAAUAACGGGCGUCUUAACAUUGCUGCUGUGCCCUUGGUAAAACUCAGUUUACCAGUUCAAGGCAUUGACGGAUCUGUUGUUUUCAUAUGGUAAAAUCCACGCAAAAUUGCAGGUUUUUAGCGGAAGGUUAAACAGUAAAAACCGGUACUUGUUACCCAUAGGGGACAGAAUGUAGCCAUUCACUGUAAAGUGUGCAAGCGGGGUAAAGCGCUACAGACAAGCAGAGCUCUGUAAAUAAUUAUUCCUGAACUGGCCUGCAGGUUGUCAGGUCGAGAGACCGCACUGCCGAUACAGAGCUCUGUUGCCGGUCCUCGUUUCUUCCAGGAUAGUGAGCUCUUCAGACAGCGCGGCAGGACAGCAGGCUCUCUGACAGGCGCUAUCGCGUUAGAAUGUGCUCGUACGUGCAUCUCUCUAAGCCCGGUUACCAGAAGUUCUUUUCAAGGCGCAGAUCCUGAGCCACAGAGCCACCACACCGCCCCAGGCCCCAGAAACCCCAACUAGAAGACGGUCAGGGCAGUAGAGGCGUGCAGGGCGGGCCGGCGAUGGAGACCCCGUCUCCCAGCGACAAGCGCCGGGCCUGGCUGCGCAGCAGCCGCGCGUGGCAAGCGCCGGAGACCACCCUGACCCCUGGCCCGCAGGCCGACGAAGUGUUCCUGGAAGGAAACAAUGACGGAAAAGUUGCGAGCUGGCUGCAGUGCCUGGGGUACGAAAUGCCCCCAGAAGAUGCAAACCAUCUGACUUUGGACUCAUUCCCGAAAGCUGGAAACAGUUUUGAAGAUGAUCUCAUUCUGGGAGCAGAAGCAAUCGCACUGCACAGGGGUGAAGAUGACCCAGUGGUGGGAGGGUGCCCCCUGUUGCUGCCCCCCCCCAGACCACGGAAUAGAGACUGCAGUGCACCACAGAGAGCUGCGAGAGGGGUAUCAACGGAGAAGUUGAGCCCCUUCCAGUUUCUGAACCUGGGCCACAGCAUGGCCUCUAGUGGUUUUUCCACUGCUACCACUAAGUCAGCUUCCAGUGUGUCGCAGGUGCUCCAGAUGUGCGCUGAGGACGCAGAGGAGACUCUGUACAACCUGGGUUUCGGGCAGGACGAGCCCCAGAUCACGGCCAAGAUCCCCCCUCGGUUUUUCAGCUUCCCCUCCCAGCUGGGGGGCAUCAACUUCCGCCUCUUCCUGGAGUCCCAGCUGAGACGGAUCAAGGAGGAGGACCCUGAUCUCUCGCUGGCAAGUCGAUUCCGGCAGGUGGAGGUCUUGACCGCCAUGGCCAACGCGUUCUACUCGCUGUACUCCUACGUGUCGAAGACCCCGGUCCAGAAGCUGGCGCCCCCCGAGUUCUCCUUCGCCUCGCCCAUCGAGAAGAUCAGCAUGCGCUUCAGCAGCGUGAGGAGCGAGCCCAGGUCGCCCGUGGACCGCCUGAAGGACACCGUCUCCAAGAUGUGCCUCUACACGGGCUCCCGCGACCUGGCCUCCCCCGGCCCCUCGCCCCGCGCCAGCCCCCGCAAACGAAGCAGCCUGCCCAACGUGGUGGAGUUCGUCCUGGGGCACAAAGCGGCUGAGACCUCCCGCCACCUGGCACAGGCCUGCUCCGGAGAAGAUCCCGCCCGCCUCCCAGGUGCACCUCUGCCCACCCCGGCUUCUUCCGGAGAUGGGGCGACACAGGGCCACCCUGCUCCCGGAGAGCUGGCGUUACCUGUGCCCGCAGCCCCAGAGGGCACCAGCGGUUCGGAAACACAGGACGUGAGGGACAAACCCAACCAGGGUGGCACAGAGCCCAAUACCAGCGGCCAGCCUCAAGCUGCCAAGUUCACGCAAGAUGUCAUACACCCAAGGAUUGUGGAGAGUGUUCAUAAAAAGCCCUUCAUGAAACAGACUUGUUUCAGACACCCUGAGAUCCCCUCUAGCCUUGACCCCAGGAGAGAGGGUUCCCCACGCGGAAUGCAGGACCCGCCUGAAAACGGAGAGACAGGAGUGAUCGCGGAGGGGGUUGUAGCCUGGGGGUUGAUGGGAGAGUCGGGGAGCGUGGUUUCCUGUUUGGCAGAAAAUGCUUCCGAUGGGACCUGCAGGCAUCCCUCUCAUUCUAACCCGGGGGUCAAAGGUCAGGAGCCAACCUGCCAGAUCACCGUGACCGGAUGGGAUGGGGAGUCCCCCAGUGACACGGACGCCUCCCAGAGCCAGCACCCCUGGGGAGUGGGGCAGAGGGGUUACCUGAGCCCCUCCAGAUCCCCCUCUUUCAGGCGUGCUCUGCAGAGUCCACAGCAGGGAAACUCCUUCGAAAUAGAGGAGGUGCACAGUGCCGGGGAAGAUGAGUCCAGCCAAUCAGAGACCAGGAGCAUCAUGACAUCUUCCCCUCUCUCAGCAGUGAAGCGUCAGAGAGAUAUGAUCCUGAGAGAAGACAGCCUGCAGUCAGACAGCAGUGGAUUUGUGGAAGAUGAUUUUCAGGCUCAGGCAUCACCAGUGGAGAAGGAAAAGGAGACGUGAAAUGCCUGGAGUCAAAGCACGUGGGAGGGGGUACCGAUGAGUGAGACCUCCGAAAACUGCACGGGCAGUUUGAUUUCUGCAAGCUUCCCUACAGGCUUUGCCGGGGUUCGUGAAGGAACGGUGCUCGGGAGAGGGCCUGGGCAGAUGGGCCACAGAGAGGGGCAGUCAUUACUCUACCUUCCUGCUCUCUGCCACUUCUACAAAGACAAAAGACUUUUUGAUUAUAUAAAAUUUCUAUUAAAAGGCCUUUCCUACUGGGUUGACACAGUG